AUGAAGGUGUUCUACGUAAUAUUAACAUUCAUAUGUGCAUUCGUGGUAGCUGACGUGGAGCUUACUGCGCCAGAUAGUGGAUCUACAUAUACAGCUUCAGGAGGCUCUGCUGCUGUUACCAUUAAAUGGAAGGAUACUGUUGAAGACGAUGAUGAUUCGGCGGCUUCCUUGUCCAAGGUGCUUAAAUACACCAUUUUAUUGUGUUAUGGAGCUGAAGAUGGUACUGGAACCAUCAAAUGUUUGGAUGAUGAUCCUAUUUUGAAAGCUCAAAAGGUUUCUGGAACCUCCUAUAAAGCACUGAUUGAUGCCAGCAUGGUACCAAAUGGUUACUAUUACUUCCAGGUGUACGCUGCUUACCCUCAACAAGGAUACUCUAUCCAUUAUACCGAUAGAUUUCAAUUGAAAGGAAUGUCUGGACCCUCAACAAUCAAGGCAACUGCUACAGGAGAUACUCCAGGACCACAAGUUUCUAUCGAGGGAGUAGAUGGAGCUGGAGGUGCGGUCAACUCAAAGUCUUUCUCCAUCACAUACACUUUACAAACGGGUAAAACAAGAUACGCACCCAUGCAAAUGCAACCAGGUUCAACCAUUACUCACAGCAAAUACAGUACCCGUUAUCCUACCAGUGCGGUUACAUACUACUCCACCAAAGCCAAGUCGCCUGUUGUUUACUCGACCAUCACUCCUGGAUGGAGUUAUUCUCGUAAAUCAUACACCAACCUGGCCACUGCACAAUUGUUUGAAACGUCGCAUUAUGCUGCUAGCGACAAGGUCAAACAAGCCACAUUGUCAGCUGGCGACAAGAGAAAGCGGUGGAUCGAUUAG